AAACAUCGUAUUCGAUUGCAUAUUGAAUUGGCCGGGGGGAUAAAAAAGAAAGUUUGAAGUCGGUAAACAACGUGUCACACAUGGGAGCUCAUACUACACGGCAUCUAGCGCGCUAGAUUGACCGAAAGCAGGAGGGGGUACUACAAAUUGUUCGGGAAUACACGUUUGUAAAAAGAACCCUCGUCAAACCAAAGCAAUUCCAUUUCCUAAGUCAAGAAAGGAGUUCAUACAUGAGUAGUUGGAGUUUCUUCUUCCCCUAACUCUCUCUCUCUCUCUCUCUGGGUAUAUAUAUAUAUAUAUAUCAAAGAACCGUGUCUAGUACUUCCACACCCUAGAGACGCAUAGCCCACCUUCAACGCCAGACACAAGUCCACCUUCCCUCUCUUCUUGUUUCUCUGUCAUUAAUUUGUUGUAUAACAUGAUAUAUUCCAACAUGAGGCGUUGCAUUUGAUCUCUUUGUAUCGCGCGCGCAUCUUGUUUGAGAUAAUUAGAUUUAGUUUAGUUUAUAGGGCUAUUGGACAUCAUGGAAAAACCAAUCUCUCAUAUCAAUGGAGGGAUCAGACUGCCUAUCGGGUACCGGUUCCGUCCCACCGACGAAGAGCUCGUCGUUCACUACUUGAAACGCAAGAUCUUCUCUAUCCCAUUGCCGGCUUCAGUCAUUCCCGAGUUUGAUGUUUUCCAGACUGAUCCUUGGGGAUUGCCAGGUGAUUUGAAGGAAAAGAGGUACUUCUUUGGCACUACAAAGAGGAGUGGUACUGUUCAUGAAAGCAAGUGUAAGAGAGCUGCUGGCCGUUCUGGUUACUGGAAACCUAUUGGCAAAUAUAAACAGAUAUUAGCUUCCAAGAGCAACCAAGCACUCGGGAUAAGGAGAACUUUGAUUUUCUGUGAAGGGAAGCGUUCUUAUGGAACUAAGACAAGAUGGGUCAUGCACGAAUUUCGUCUUCUUGACUCUGAAACAAACCUCGGCUCCACCCAGGUCAUGUGUAAACUGGAGAUGGAAGAUUGGGUUGUCUAUCGUGUAUUUCAAAAAAAGAAAAGACCUGAAAAACAAGCUGGGAUCAUUUCUCGGCCAUCUAACAACGAGAACAGCGACAGAUUGGAGGUGAAUUACAUGUUGGAAUUAGACAAUUCUAGAUCUGGUCAUCACUUAGGCCGUCCUCAUGAAGUACCUAAUUCCUCGUCAUGUUCGAGUGAAAUCACUCAUGAGGUCUCCUCUAAUUAUGCGUUAGAUGAUCAGGAAGAAACAAGUUCCCGCAGUAGGAUUUCUUCAUUUUCACAUAUUGUGAGAGAGCCUUAAAACGUGGUGAGAGACUUGUCAUGUCAGGUAUUCAAGUAGUACUUGAUCGUGUUAUGCAACAAAUUAAUUAAGCAAAGAAUGCCUUUAACUGUUUAAGCUA